AUGACGCAUGAUGAUUCCUUGAGCACUGCUCAAACCUGGUUGUCGCGGUUCCACAGCCGCCACCCGGACGAGAUAAAAGAGUGGUCUGGAGGGGAAACGAUCAACGAGUCAUCCACACUGGUGGGGGCCCUUUGCUCAAAAGACCCUGAGCGUCAGAUCGCCGGACACAACGUCGAAGGGGAAAAACGGGACCAGCAGACACACUUUGAGAACGAACUCGGCGACAUUCCCAAGGCCAUGCUGAAUGAUACGCCCAGUACAUCCUGCGGUUCGCCGUUCGGAAUGGUAGAAGUCCGCUUCCCCAAGCAUCGGCGUAUGGCCCCACUUGCGACAGUACCCGAGACUCCAGAGGAGGACUUGGACGCUGGCGUCCACUCCAAGCCACUGGAAGAUCAGGAUUUAGAGAGAUUCGGAACCACAACGAUGGAUUGGCGUUCUCGAUCGCGGAUCCCAACCGUCUCGAUACGCGAACUGGAGCCAGACGUUUCGCCAACCAAUGCCGACCCAGGUCACUUCUGCACGAUGAUCGAAUCUAUGUCGCCUGAGGUCGAAGAGAUACUCUGCCAGUACGCCGAUCCGAGCCGCAAAUCAUCGUCAUCGACACUCGGGGUUCCCAAGGAGGCUGGGGAUUGUGGCAGUCCGGACAGGCAAAUCGAGAUUGACGCCGUGAUGUGGAGCCCCGGGCAGCACGACGACGAUCCUUGGCAAAAGCCAACGCACAGUGACGAAAAACCGGCGCACGGGCCAUUUGAAACCGGCCAUGAUGAGCUUGUCAUUGUCGGCGCAGGCGUGCAGAUUUUGGAGGAUUCGACCAUUGGCGGCGCUUACGGCGUUCCGGUGACAAAAGCGUCGGUCGAGGUCGCGCGGCGGGAUUCGGGCAUCAAGUUUACAUUGACAUGCGUCGAGGAUGGCUAUGAGGAUGCUGAAGUGCUGUUCGACGAUGACUUCUUGUACGAGGAAGAGAUGAUGGAUCCGGAUUACUUCCGCAAGAAAGAUGGCUGCGUGAAGCCCACUUCUCGGCCAGCUCUAAUACGUAUCAGCACCUGCUAA